GCAUAUCAAGCGAACGGACAGGUGAAGGAGGCGGUGGAGCUUCUGGAGCGUGUUGUCGCGAUACGUAGGGAAGUGCUUAAAGAAGACCAUCCCUCUCGACUGGCGUCGCAGCACAACCUCGCCAGAGCAUAUCAAGCGAACGGACAGGUGAAGGAGGCGGUGGAGCUGCUGGAGCGUGUUGUCGCGAUAGAAGCGGAAGUGCUCAAAGAAGACCAUCCCUCUCGACUGGCGUCGCAGCACAAGCUCGCCGGAGCAUAUCAAGCGAAUGGACAGGUGAAGGAGGCGGUGGAGUUGCUGGAGCGUGUUGUCGCGAUACGUACGGAAGUACUCAAAGAAGACCAUCCCGAUCGACUAGCAUCGCUGCACCAGCUCGCCAGAGCAUAUCAAGCAAACGGACAGGUGAAGGAGGCGGUGGAGCUGCUAGAGCGUGUUGUCGCGAUACGUACAGAAGUACUCAAAGAAGACCAUCCUGAUCGAUUAGCGUCGCAGCACGAGCUCGCCAGAGCAUAUCAAGCGAGCGGAUAA